CGGUGGCCUGGUAUGUUGUGAUACGGAUGUAGAUUUCUCUCAUCGUACGAGUGCGAGCGCUCAUUGUUUUAGCAUUCUAUCGUCUGCCUGAAAACAAUGAAUUUGUACACCGUGCACCAGACGGAAAGCCCGCUUCCUACUAUUACUCAGUUGGCGUGUAUGGUGAAUAGCUGACUGAACGAAAGUUCGCACCGAGUUGAUUUUUUUGUCUACAUCUCUCGCCGCCGAUUAGAGGAAUUCUGGAUUUAGCCGAGGAAAUAUGGUACUGGGACUGUGGACUUGGUGUAUUUUGACUGUGUUCAAUUUUCACAGACGCUUUGCGAGUGUUCUGUUUGUAGGUUUGUCUGUCAUCCUCCUGUUGCAGCUGGACCAACGUCACCACCAUGCCUACGCUCUGUCAUGGGGAGAGUUGUGGGCAGGGAGCGGGAGAGGAGUCGGUGGGAGGGAAGCACCGUUACAUCGCCACGUACGAGAGCCAGUACCCGCGGGCAUCUUUCGCUGGAGUGACUAUGGACUCUGGACGACAUGCACCGCUUCGUGUGGGACCGGGGUCGAAGGAAGACGACGAGUUUGCCUCGAUGAAAGGAGUAAUGAGGUAGCCCCUGAAAAGUGUGUCGGCUAUCAAAAAGAGUAUAGACUUUGUAGAAUACAGAAUUGUCCUAAUUCAUUCGAUUUAGGAUACCGUGCUGCUCGUUGCGAGGAGAUGGCUCCACCUGGUCAUAGAUGGAAGCCUUUCUACCCUUCAGAGAGAGACGGCUACAGCCCAUGCAUUCUCGCCUGUUACAACGAGCAUAACCAAGGGGAGGUUCGUGUUGUAGAACACGGUGUGCCGUCGGGGACCCGGUGCGCCAGGUUCCGUAACGGGGUCCCCGAGACGGGGGUCUGCAUCGAUGGGACAUGCUGGAGCGUUGGCUGUGAUGGGUACCUCAACUCUACCAAGUACCCCGACCGAUGCGGCGUAUGUGGCGGUGAUGGCAGCUCCUGCUCGUUGGUCUUCAGUGAAAUCAUCUCGGAGAAUCUACAAGUAGGCUACAUUGAUUUAAUAGAAGUUCCAAUUGGUGCAACAAAUAUAAAGAUAUCAGAAAUUCGUAGCGUGAGAACUUACUUAGCACUGAUGAAUUCCGAUGGAAAAUAUUUGAUAAACGGCAACUUUAAUGUGGAGACCGAGUUUACCAAGUACCUCCAGGCGGCCAACUCUGGAAUACGUUACCAAAGAAGGAAUAUAUUCAAUGGAUUACAAUGGGAAGAGAGAGAAGUUAUCACAGCCAGAGGACCACUUAAUGAAACACUUCAUUUACAGAUCUUAAUCCUUAAAGACGGUUCAUCAAAUACCUUACAAUAUCAAUAUGUCAUCCCCAUUGAGACAUCAACGCCAAUACCCACCACAGAAAAUUCUUCGGAGCCUCAACAGCAUUUAUUAAAUUCAACGACGAGUAUACCAAAGCACUAUGAAGCAGUAGAGUCGCUUUUAGAAACAGAAAAUAUAAACCCACCUAUUUAUCCUGUAAAUAUGAGUGAAAUUAUUCAAGGGGAUCCAAUGUUAUCGGAGGAGAGCUCUGCAAGUUCGCCAACUCCUAUCGAAGAAAACUCAGAAGUUAGUCACUUCAAUAGUUCGAGUAGGACCAGAAUAGACCUAAUUAGUAGGAAUAUAUCGAGUGAUUUUCGGGAGGACGACAUCCCCAGUGGAACGAACACAAGAACUCAAAGGCCUCCUAUACAACAAUCAGUAGGAGAUAGGGUGAACGAAAACGCAAAUAGUACUGAAAGUACGCAUUACGCUAGCAGCGUACUUCCUACAUACAAUACACCAAUGCAUAAUACAACACAUACGCAUAAUACUACGCAAAUGCGUGAUGAUACGCAUACGCUCAACACUACGCGGUCCAUUGACUUCCGAGAUCCACUUCGCCAGAGUUACGCGGCGCGUCCGGUGGUUAGUCCUUGGGGCGAGGGACAGGAGGGAACAAAUCCAGAGUGGCCAGAAGGAUGGCCAGAGAUAGCGUCUCUGGAGGGGGCUGAUAGAGGCCGUAUUGUCCUGGAGAGAGACGGCGUUCAGUCUGGCAAAGCUUGGUCCACGAAUGACGGAGUCAGGCAAGAGGGAGACGGACUUAUUUACGGUCCACCGUAUAGGACGGAGGAUUCCCCUUCACAUCCUUCCCCUGAGGUGAUCACGAGAGACAUGGUUACCGUCGAGCUCCAGACGGAAGAACCUAGGGAUGUCGACGAAGUGAUCAUUGACGUGAUCGACGACCAACCCAUCAUCAAGCAGCACCAAGGCGACAACAAGCUCGGUUUCGAAUCUCAAGUCCCCGAAGAUCUCGACAUGUCGGAAUCUGAUUACGACGACGAUUUCUCGUCGUCCGACGUCGAAAACGGAUUGCGAUAUUCAACGCGAGCGUCGUCGACGACGGGACGGCGCAGCACAACAACUGUGUCACCUACGACUUCAUCAACGCCAUCUACGACCAUUGCUACCACUUCUGCGGGGAAAACGGAGGUCCAGACAACCUUUGAGAUGGCCACAUACCUCACUUCUGAAACUAUGACUUCGAAUCCAAGGACCACCACCACUGACCAAAUGACCACGAUAGCUGUCACCACCGAACCACCGCCGAAAUACUUCUGGAGGAUUACAGCGAAGAUGCCAUGUAGCGCAACUUGUGGGAGAGGUAUCAUUAGGGACUAUGCGUACUGCGUUGAUGCGGAAGAAGAACAGGUGGACGAUACUAAAUGUGAUACAGAAACCAAGCCUGACGUCAUCGCUAAAGAGUGCGCGGGAAAACCAUGCGAGCCCAGAUGGGAGGCCGGGAGUUGGAGCAAUUGUCUUGGGGACUGUGAUGCCAGCUACCGCUUCCGUACGGUCCAUUGCUGGCUCCUGAUGGGCCAGGGUCUCGAUUCAUCGGUACCCAAUGAGCGAUGCAACCAAACCACCAAACCAGACAUUACCGUGCCGUGUGAUGAGAAUGACUGCGGACCGCAGUGGAUUGUUUCCGAGUGGUCUCGGUGUUCUGAGACCUGCGGACAAGGUAGAGAAACCCGUCGGGUGACGUGCUCCGAUGGGAACCGAUGUGACGCAACAAAUCGACCCGAGUCUGAACGAUCGUGUAUCAUUACCCCAUGCGUCUGGACUACUUCAUCGUGGAGCCCGUGCACAGGUACAUGUGAAGUGCAGUCUCGUCGUGUGUUCUGCAUUGCGGAGUCCACUAACAGUCGAGUGCAGGAUAGCUCCUGUGCUGGUAUCGAGGUGCCCCUCUCCAUCCAGAUCUGCGGCGGGAGCCCCUGCCCUUCGAAGUGGGUGCCUCAAACAUGGGGACAGUGCCAGGGCGACUGUCAGAACUCAUUCCAUAGACGAGCAGUGGUGUGUCAAGGCAUCAGUCGAUCCGCUCAGCUCAUCAUCUACCCAGACUCCUCCUGUUCGCUGAACCCGCCAGUCAAGAGGUUGCGGUGUGUAAUGCCUAACUGCCAGGAGCAGCGAAGAAGCGCCGCCGAUUGGAUGUCGUCAGCCUGGAAACCGUGUUCUGUUACAUGCGGUAAAGGGAUGCAGACUCGCGAGGUGCGCUGUCUAAUCGGUGGACGGCUCAGUGAUCACUGUGAUGCAAGCUCGAGGCCGACGUCUAACCGGGAAUGUUUCAAACCGGCAUGCAACACUGUCCCCGGAAAUACAGCCCGGGAAAACUGCCAAGACAGUAAGAGCGCAGACUGUGACCUUAUUGUUCAGGCGAAUCUCUGUCGGUUUGCCCGAUAUAGCAAGACGUGCUGCAGGUCGUGCCGGAACGUCGCCGGACGAUCAGGGUCUCGAAGUCAAAAGUGACCCAGACACUGACAUCAUCAUCGUGAUCAUUGACGGUUUCGUCGGACUUUUUUCGAUGUUGUCGACUGGCAGCCAACCUUGAUCGAUGAAAAGGAAUCGAAGGUUGAUGACCGUCGUGAACUUGUUGGAUAUUAAUUAUAUAAAGUGAAUUCGUGGUCGAAUCGCUUGACGCUUGUGACGAUCUCGCUCAAGAGAGACGGAACCACUGAAUAGAAAGAAUUGCAGCUAAGACAUCUUACCAAACUCUACUUGUAUGUUACCACAUAAUACAUGUAGGCUACCUUGGCAUUAUAAACAUUACGACGAACAAAAAUUUGCAGUAUUUCUUGCCAUUUUUAUACCCCUUACUGAAACGUAAUUGUUCCUGUGAAUGUCGAUAUAGUCAACAAUUUUGUAUAGUUCUACGAAGUUAGAUAGAAGAAAAUAGGAAUCAGACCACACAAACCCUCUCCGUCAUCAUGCACCUGUUUAUUUAAAAAUUCGUUUUAAAAAAAGUUCCUCUUCUGAAGUUAGCGUCCCUAUCAUUCACCGAUUCGCCAGAAACUCAUCAAGUCUAUUAAUUCUUCAAGUUGUGCAUCGAUUUUAUUCACCGGUUUGUGAAUAUGUGUAUGACACUUCAGACGCUAUUGGAGGUCUGACUCAAACGAGGGGAAAUUACCGAAUAGAAAGAAAUUCAGCUAGGACAUCUUUAUCAUUUUGAAAAUCGCAAAUAACGAAACGAGUAUUUCUUGCCAUACUCUCUUGCCAUUUCCUUACUGAGAUGUCAUUAUACUUUGAAACUUUUUUUAAAAGUAGGCUAUGUCAUGUCGUAGUGAGAAUCUGGAUCACAAGUUUGUUUCAAUAAAAUUGCACGCUAAAUUCAACAAUGCUAAUUUGUAAUUACAUUCCCAAUCUGUUUAAAUUGUAUUUGUCUCCAAUAUGCGCAGUGAUAUUGUUAAGUUUCCAUCUCGUUAGGAUCGCAUCAGGUUUUUAUUUUAUUUUUACAUUUAGUUCGCCUCUUCGUCAUCCAACAUUUCGUCUGAUAAAGUUGUCUCAAAUUAAUGUACACCAUAUAAUUUACAAUUCCGUCAUAGUGUGAUGAACAUCUCUGAUUUAUUUUCAUAGAUUAAGUCCAAUCUGAUGUCCUAUGAUGACAUUUUUGACAAAUCAUGUAGAGCAAUGAUCGGCAAAAUCAUCCAUGAGAUCGCAGAAUGAGUUCGUCAUUGAAGUUUCUCUAAUUACGUGUGGCAGAAGUGUGCCUAAUUUCUGUCCGUGUCAACUUCUUCCUCUCAUCAGUAUCCAAUGCCAGUAUUUGAAAUUAGUUUACUCAUUGUAUCUGAAAAGAUUGGGUUUAGGAUUCUGUUGCAUGAUAAUUCCUUAUUCUUUGUCACCAUUUGCAAUUUAUUUGAACAAACAUAAAAACACCCUUCUGUCAACCAAUCACUUUUAUAAUGCCUCCUGUGACAUCUGUUUCAUCUUCUUUUUUAUGAUAUAAAUCAUAGUAUCCUUAACAAAAAUCGAAACGUAAUAACAAUACCUUAAGUACCAAGUUUUCUGCAGUGUACAUAUAACGAAAGACCCGUCGAUAGAUGGCGCUGUUUUAUAUUAUGACAGUCGUUGAUUAAAUGACUAGACGCCCGAGUCGUAUUAGUUGUGACUCCGUCAACCAAGCUUCUUGCAUACAGGCGGAUAGACACAAAUACGACAAAUUAAUUAACGAGUGUAAUUUCACUGAAGAAACUUUUUUCCCUUUCCUAAAGGGAUUGUGAAAAAAUAUACCCGCUCUUUUUACUGAGACACCCGUAUGUGAAGUACUAAUACUAUUUAGCUGCCGAUGGUGUGUUGGUGGUGAAUUGUUUUUCCGAGAAGAACAAGAAAUUGGAUAGAUAUUUUAGUGUGUGCUGCAUAUAUUAAUAACAAUGUGACUUUAUCGAGAUCAUAAUGCACUAUAACUACUAUUUUAAUUGCGAUAGGCAACUAUUAAUCACAAAAAGGGGUGUGAACAUGCUUUUACAACUUUUUUAUUUUGUAUGAUUUGUGUAUAUCGGCCUUAUGUUCGAGUAAAACAGUACAUGACGUCGACGACCCGGUUACAAUGAUCCAAUUUUAAGUAUGAGGGGCACAAUUUUUUUGAAAAAAACAUUGUAAUACUAUUAUUUUUCUUUAAUUAAAUUGUAAUUAAAAUUUGUAUUUGUCAUAGAUUAGUGGUUACACAGUAGUUAAAAUAAGAUAAAGAUAUAUUUAGGACAGAAAGUAUGAAGAUAUUAAAAUGUAUAAAUGUAUAUAUUUUUUACCGAUUUGAAGUCCCUUUAUAAGUAAUCUUGUUAUAAGGGGAAAACUUCUAGGCAUUUUAGGAGUUGCAUCGCUAUAUCAUCUGCUAUUCUACUUUGUUGGAGUCUUGCAGAAAGUCACAAAAUUGCUUUGUUCUGACCAGUACUCUUCCUUAUUUUACUUUUUCCAACUCUCGAUUUGAGUAAGUAAGUUAGAUGCAUUGUACAUAGAUUUCUUGGAAUUUUGGAUUAAUAUGUCAUUUUUGCUUCAUUAUUGGAACCAAAUCUUUUGAUGUAACGUGUAUCACUUUCUUGAAUAAUUUAUUGUAUCUUUUUACCCUCAUUAAGCUUAAGUUUUAUGCUACAUUAUGUUUUUUUGUAUAAUUUAUACUAAAAUACAUACCAGUGUCGUGAUAUUAUUGUCCGUGACGUCACAUGCCACAUGAUAUAUGAUGUGAUUAAUAUGGAUUCCAUCCAGAAAGGUGCCGUCAACCAUUUCGUCGUUGGGGAUUUCAUGUUUCGUAGCUUAAGGUACAUCAGUAAGGGUAUAUUCUCUUUUAAUUCCCUUCCUUAUAUGUACACGCUUCACCGUCUAGUCAAUUUUCCUUUCUCAUCGGUACUUUUGUGGAGAUUCUGUAUUCUAUCUAUCUGCAAAUCUUAUUUUUCUCUCCACCUCUAUCUCAACCCUCUCCAAUAUCUACCCCCCCCCCCUUCUUCAUUCCCCUUCCAUCUCUAUCCCCCUUCCAUCUCUAUCUUCCACCCUUUCUCAUGCUGUUCUCUUUCUCGUUUCUUCGUCUUCAAAGUUGCACGUUUCCACUACCCCCCCCCCCCCCCUUCACUCUCUCUCUCUCUCUCUCUCUUUCUUUGUCUCUUUCUUUGUCUCUUACCCUGAACCCAUGUCUCUUAUAAAGAGACAGUGCGCGCUCUUUUUCCAUCUUCCUUCAUUCUAUCUCUCUCUCUCUCUCUCUCCCUCUCUCUCUCUCUCUCUCUCUCUGCCAUAUAUUUAGUCUUUACUUUUCUGAACACGAAUUUCGCAUAAACAUAUUAAGUAAUUUGAGUGAAUUGCGAUCUUUAUCAUGUUAUGUUUUAAUCACGUUUCUCCGAUCAGAAUACAAUAAUCUCAGCUAUGUUACAGGCAAGUGAGAAAAUGACAAAGAAAUAUUUCCUAUGCACACAAGAAGUGAUGAACUGAGUUAUACAAAAUAAAAACAACCAUUAUCUAUUGCAGUUUAUAACUAAAUAAGACAUCUGUUUUCACUAUUUUUACAAAAAUAG